AUGGAACUGGGCCUGGAGGAGCUGGACAGGGGGCUCGAGGCACAGCCAGAGGAAGAUUUCUGCUCUUCGUGGAUCAGUGGUCCGAGUGUAGAAAUUGGCCUUGGGGCGGGGGGUUUUGGUGGAGGAGUGCUUGGGGCAGGAGACAUCGGGCCUGGUAGAGGUCAGGGAGCGGGAGCAGGCCACAUACCUGGAGGUGGCUAUGGAGGCUACGGAGGUGGUUAUGGUCCAGGUGGUGGUCAAUAUCCAGGAACUGAUCGCAAACCUCCUAAAACGGGAGCAGGUUUUGGACCCGGAGGUGCAGGUUUUGGACCUGGUGGUGCCGGAUUUGGGCCUGGCGGAGCGGGGAAUGGGCCUGGUGGUGCUGGAUUUGGGCCUGGCGGUGCAGGAGUUGGACCUGGAGGUGCAGGAGUUGGGCCUGGAGGUGCUGGUUUUGGGCCUGGCGGUGCAGGUUUUGGGCCUGGCGGUGCAGGAGUUGGGCCUGGAGGUGCAAGAGUUGGGCCUGGCGGUGCAGGAGUUGGGCCUGGCGGUGCAGGAGUUGGGCCUGGAGGUGCCGGUUUUGGGCCUGGAGGUGCUGGUUUUGGGCCUGGCGGGGCAGGAAUUGGGCCUGGAGGUGCCAGUUUUGGUCCUGGGGGUGCUGGUUUUGGGCCUGGCGGUGCAGGAGUUGGGCCUGGAGGUGCCGGUUUUGGGCCUGGAGGUGCUGGUUUUGGGCCUGGCGGUGCCGGAGUUGGGCCUGGAGGAGUUCCAAUGCUGCCCCAGUCUGGCACAGGUGAGGUAGGACCCGGAGGAAAUAGCGGUGGUAAAGCUUCAAAACAAGUUCCAGGAGUCGGUGUGCCUGGACUCUAUCAGGGUGGAUAUGUUCCAGGCCAAGGUUUUGGAGGUCGUGGUGUUCUCCCUGGAGUGGCAACAGGAUCUGGACUUGGGCCUCAGACUGGGGCCGGGGUACUCGGCCAGGGGGGUGCUGGACAAGGAGGAGCAGGCAAUGGUCAUGGACAGCAGUUGCCUGGAGUUUUUCGUGGUUACCCUCUCAUAUCACCAAAGACAGGAGCGGGCAAAUCAAAGAAUCCAGCCAAAAUCGCAGCGAAAUAUGGUGGAGCUGGAGCUGGAGGAGGGCCUUUAGGGGUUGGGGAAUGGAAGACUCCCAGUGGGAACAGCAGGAGCACACCUGGAUUUGGAGUUGGAACCGGAGGUGGACCUGGAUUUGGAGGUGGAGUCGGAACCGGAGGUGGACCUGGAUUUGGUGGUGGUGUUGGAACCGGAGGUGGACCUGGAUUUGGAGGUGGAGUCGGAACCGGAGGUGGACCUGGAUUUGGUGGUGGUGUUGGAACCGGAGGUGGACCUGGAUUUGGAGGCAUUGGAACAGGAGGACCAGGUGGAGGAGCUGGAGUUGGUCUUGGCACAGGAGGAGGGACUGGUGGGCUGGGGGGAAGCUAUGGUUUUGGUCCUGGCGGUGCAGGCACUGGUACGGCUGGAGGACUUGGAGGUGGAGGACCGGGAGGAGGAGUUGGACCUGGCUCCGGGGUUGGUUUCGGUUCUGGUGGGGCUGGCACUGGCCCUGGCGGAGUGGGUUUUGGCCAGGGUGGAACCGGGUACGGUCCAGGUGGAACCAGAACUGGAUUGGCUGGAGUAGGAACAGGACCUGGAGGGUACGAUGCUGAUGCCAAAGCUCGUAAAUAUGGCAUGUUAAGUGGAGCACUUGGAGGACUGGGAACAGGUCCUGGAGCAGUCAGGCCUGGUGGUGCUGGUACUGGAUAUGGGCCCAGUGGAGUUGGACCGGGUGGUGUUGGUACUGGCUAUGGACCUGGUGGAGUUGGACCGGGUGGUGCUGGUACUGGCUAUGGACCAAGUGCAGGUGUUGGGCCUGGUGGUGCUGGUACAGGCUAUGGGCCAGGUGGUACUGGCACAGGCUAUGGACCAAGUGGUACUGGCACAGGUUAUGGACCAGGUGGUGGAGUUGGACCUGGUGGUGCUGGUACAGGCUAUAGACCAGGUGGAGGAGUUGGACCUGGCAGUACUGGUACAGGCUAUGGACCAGGUAGUACUGGCACAGGCUAUGGGCCAGGUGGUGGAGUUGGACCUAGUGGUGCUGGUACAGGCUAUACACCAGGUGGAGGAGUUGGAUCUGGUAGUACUGGUACCGGCUAUGGACCAGGUGGUACUGGCACAGGCUAUGGGCCAGGUGGUGGAGUUGGACCUGGUGGUGCUGGUACAGGCUAUAGACCGGGUGGAGGAGUUGGACCUGGUAGUACUGGUACAGGCUAUGGACCAGGUGAUGGAGUUGGACCUGGUGGUGCUGGUACUGGCUUUGGACCUGGGGGUGCUGGCACCGGCUACGGACCCGGUGGGGCUGGUACAGGCUAUGGACAAGGUGGGGUGGGACCUGGCGGUGCCGGCUUUGUACCUGAAGGUUAUGCUGGUGCCAAAGCUCGUAAAUAUGGUCUGCCCGGAGGUGGCCUUGGUGCAGGAGGUCUUGGUGUUGGAGCAGGGCCUGGUUCUGGGCUCGGAUUAGGAGGACGUGUCCCAGGACAAGGUGUUGGACUAACAACUGGUGGUGGACCUGGAGCAGGACUGGGGAUCGGCAUGAUACCUGGUUAUGGUGUUGGAACAGGAGGUGGACCAGGUGGCUUUGGACCAGGCACUGCAGGAGGGCUUCCAGGUGGAGGAACAGGAAGAACCGGGUAUGGACCUCAUGGAUAUGGGCCUGGAGUUGGACCUAGGCCCGGAACAGGGUACGGACCAGGUGGAGGCUACGGUGCAGGACCAGGAGCGGGAUAUGGAACAGGCUAUGGAGCUGGAACAAAACCUGCUAAAUACGGUCAAGAUGGAAUUGGGACUGGUGGGGUUCUUGGAGGUGCAGCAGGACGAGGUGGCUACGGCACACCAGCAUCCAAAGCUGCUAAGUACGGGCAACCGGGUGGAGUAGUGCCUGGGGCAGGAACAGGGACCGGCACUACAGGAUCCGCCACAGGGACCGGGACUACAGGAUCCGCCACAGGGACCGGGACUACAGGAUCCGGCACAGGGACCGGCACCACAGGAUCCGGCACAGGGACUGGGACUACAGGAUCUGGCACAGGGACUGGGACUGCAGGAUCUGGCACUACAGGAUCCGGCACAGGGACCGGCAUUGGUGGUUCAGUAAAUAGUUCAAGCCCCAGCAGCGGGGCAGGAAGAACAGCUGGACCGAGUGGAGCAGGACUUGGGGCCAGUGGAGGCACACAAGCUCCAGCAUCAGAAGGAGAUGGUGGGGCUAGCAGUGUGACAGAGGGGUCUGGAAGUUCUGGAGGAGAAGGCGGUACCGGUGUAGCUGGCAGACCAGUGGGUGGAGGAGAUGAUGGAGAUCGCUUGGGUGGGACAGGAAUCCCCAUCCUUGGAGCAAAGCCAGAUUCUGAUGGUGAUCUUUUAGAUGUGAAACUUCCUGGAGUCCGACCUCUCAAGCCCCCAGGCGUCCCCCGAGGGGACACGCCAGGUGAAGGAGAUGGAGAAGGAGGUCCUGAUGGAGAGAGAGGUGGUACAGGAGGCACGGAGGGAGGACCGGGAGGAGCCCGAGGGAGUCCUACCAGUGCAGGAGCAGCAGGAGGCAUUUCAGGUGGUGUAGCUGGCACUGGAGUCGGACCACAGGGAGCAGCUGGAAGUGUUGGAGGAACACCCAAACCACCCACAGCACACAGUCCUGAUGGGACUGUGGGAGGUGGCAUAGGGGGUGGACCUGGUGGAGUAGGUGGGGUGGCAGGAGGAGGUUCUGGAGGAGCGGGCUUGGUACCUGGGCCUGGUGGAGUAGGAACAGGAGCCCUUAAACCUGAAAAAAGUUAUGCUGCUGGUGGAGUUUUACCAGGUGGAGGCAUACGCUAUCCCACUGGAGCAGGAGCAGGAGUUGGAGCGGGAAAAUCAGGCAAAGUAUAUCGGACUCUUGGAGCGGGAGGCCGGGGAGGAGUUGGGCCUGGUGGUUAUGGUACUGGUCCAGGAGGCUAUGGUACUGGUCCUGGAGGCUAUGGUACUGGUCCAGGAGGCUAUGGUACCGGUCCAGGAGGCUAUGGCGCAGUACCAGGAGGUUAUGGUGCAGGGCCUGGUGGAUAUGGAGUUGGACGUGGAGGCUAUGGAGGCUCGACUGGAAACGGAGGCAUUGGUGCUGGUCCUGGGGGAGCUGGAACGAUUGGAACUGGCACUGGAGGUGUCGGGGGAGGAGGAGGCCCCGGUGGAGUAGGUGCUGGACUGGGGGGAUAUGGUGGUGGUGUGGCUCCUGGUGACUCAAGAUAUGGACUGGGCACCUGCACUGGCAAAGCACCCAAACGUUAUGGGACAGCAGCUGGCAGAGCCGGUGGUACUGGCGGCUAUGGGACCAGACCAGGUGGAGUGGUUCCUGCAGGGGCUGGUGGUUAUGGACCUGGAGGCUAUGGGCCAAGCACUGCCGGGACAGGACUGGGUGGCGUAGGGAUCAGGUCAGGUGGUUUUGGACCAGGUGGUGUUGGCACAGGAUUAGGCAGCCAUGGACCUGGUGGAGCAGGGCUCAUUCCUGGCGUUUUUUCUGCUGGAGGUCAAGGACUUGACACAAGAAAGCCUCCCAAAUCAGGCUAUGGAUCAUCAUCCCUGGGUGCAGCAGGCUAUGGGCAAGGGGCAGGAAUUGGACCCGGUGGAACAGGCACUGGACCCGGCCAAUACGGGCAGGCUGGAUUUGGGCUUGGGAGCGGUGGACCAGGAGGUUUUGGUCCAGGCGGUGCCGGGACAGGAGGCUUCGGACCAGGUGGUACUGGGACAGGAACUGGAGGUUUUGGACCAGGUGGUGCUGGAACAGGAGGCUUCGGUCCAGGCGGUGCCGGGACAGGAGGCUUCGGACCAGGUGGUGCCGGGACAGGAGCUGGAGGUUUUGGACCAGGCGGUGCCGGUACAGGAGGCUUCGGUCCAGGUGGUGCCGGGACAGGAGGCUUCAGACCAGAUGGUGCCGGGACAGGAGCUGGAGGUUUUGGACCUGGCGGUGCUGGGACAGGCGGCUUUGGACCAGGUGGUGCUGGGUCAGGAGGCUUUAGACCAGGUGGUGCCGGGACAGGAACGGGAGGUUUUGGACCAGGUGGUGCCGGAUCAGGAGGCUUCGGUCCAGGCGGUGCCGGGACAGGAGCUGGAGGUUUUGGACCAGGCGGUGCCGGGACAGGAGGCUUUGGACCAGGCGGUGCCGGGACAGGAACGGGAGGUUUUGGACCAGGCGGUGCCGGGACAGGAGGCUUCGGUCCAGGCGGUGGCGGGACAGGAGGCUUCAGACCAGGCGGUGCCGGGACAGGAGAGGGUUUUGGACAAGGGGGCCAAGGUUUAGGAAAUCGAAAACCUUCUAAAUCUGGUUAUGGUGGAGCUGGGUAUGGAUCAGCAGGAGGAUUAGGAGGAGGUACAGGAAGUGGUCCUGGUGGAGUUGGACCUGGUGGCUACGGCCCAGCAGGGUAUAGUCCAACUGGAACUGGAACAUUCCCUUUUGGUUAUCGACCUGGAGGUACCGCAACUGGUGGCUUUGGCCCAGGAAGUGCUGGAACUGGGCCGGGGGGCUUUAGACCAGGAGGUGUUGGUGGUUAUGGACCUGGUAGCCAGGCACUAGGAAAUAGGAAGCCUCCUAAAUCCGGUUACGGCUCUUCGUUGGGCGGAACUGGCUAUGGUGCAGGUCCAUCGGGUGCUGGAGUAGGAGGACUUCCUGCAGCAGGAGGAGCAGGGGGUGCAGGGGGUCCUGCAGGAACCGGUCAGGGAUUAGGAGGGGGUGCGGGCAGUUUACCAGGAGGUGGUAGACCAGGCUAUGGUGGAGUGGCUGGUGGAAACUAUCCAGGAUAUACGGGGGCAGGACAAAAAUCUAAGGCACAGAAGGCAGCCAAAUAUGCAGCCAUGCAGGCGUUCCUGGGUUCUGGGGGCUACAGAGGCGCUGGCUGUCAGGGUAGAUACUGUGGCCAAAGGAGGAAGUGAGAGACCAACGGACGGGAAGUGACCUCAUGGAAACAACAUUGGUGCUACUGCAUGAUCCCAUAUUGUAGAUGUAGAUCCGUCAUAGAAGCUACGGCUUCAACACAUUUCCCAUGUUAAACCUUUCAUUGGCUUAGAUGUUAUACAAGGAUAUGGAAAUGGUUGGUGUUGUGGUUCCUUAAAAGAAAAUGGCAAUUCCAUUGUUGCAAUCUUCUGCUUUAGCAAUUUAAAUCUCUGGUAAAGUAUUUUAAAUGGUCACCAUUUCACAAUACAAAAAGCACAAGUCUGACCUUGUUUCCCCCCCCCCAUUAAUUACCCUGUGUCUGCCUGUGGAUCCCGACUGCCAGGCUGGGCAUAACUGAAAUAAAGGACUAAGACUUCUGAGGCCAAGCAGUCCUUUGAUACAGUUUUGGUUUAUGUUUCUUGAACAUCAUCGUUGUUUCUUUGCAAAUAUGGGACAUAGAUCCUCAUAGGGGAAUGCUGAUACCAAGAACACCCUCCGGGCAGCUCCUUCAGACCUGUCUGCAUGCUGACACAAUGUUUACGAACCUUAACCCGCUUACACUUGGUUUGUCUUAAUAAUUGACUGUUUUUUAGCUUUUACUUCAAAGUCCAAACACUUGGAUAAUCGGUGUGGGCCGAAGAAACAAACGGCUGCUAUUUUGGGGGAACCGUGAAGUUGGUGUUUUGAGUCAUUAUCUGACCCCGAAAAGCAGUCUGUGUUGUUUUCAGGCCUCAGCAAUAUCUCUAUUUCAUGGCUACAGAACAUCAGUUGGUAGGAGUGUAAACCUUUUGUUUACAUGGAUACAUUUUAUUAUUAAAAGGAUGUAUUUGUUAUGUGGCUUUGAUUUGGCUUUCACAUUUGCUGUUGUGGUAAGAAUUCAAAACUAAAUGUGAGGUAACAUGAUUAGAAGUCAUUGAAAUGCCACCUGAAGAACGUUGACUGCUGUUUUUUUUUUUUUACUUCAACAAUGUUGGGACAUUUUUCACGUUUGCUAGUAUUUUUAAAUUAUGCUGACAAAAAGAAGAAAAAGCUGAGUUCUUUAUCUAUUUAAUCUCAUUUUACAAAUCAAGUGCAUUAAUACAAUAUCAAAUAUUUUAGCUACUUUGUGUGUGUUUGUUUUAACAGUUUUUAAAACUUGUUUACUAUUAUGACUAAUAUAAUUGCUUUGUUUUCUACGUUGUGCUAAGGAGCAUUGUAGUCCGUGAUGUCUGGAUAAAAAGUGUUAUUGACGCUGCUCUUAGAUUUGAGCUUUUGAGUCUCUAUCAUGUCAUUCAACAACUGUUUUCAACAUCUGUGUUUCUAUCAAGAAAAGGCUGCACUAUUAUAAACUUUUGGACGAUGCCCUCUGAAAUAAAGAGAUUACCAACUAUA